AUGAAAUAAUAGUUAAGCUUAUUGAACCUGACGUGCAAUUAAUCUAAAACCAAGGCUAGUAUUAUACACAAAGCCCAAGAUUUAAAAAAGAAGACCAGCAGUUUUGAUGUUUUGGGAAAAAGCCCAUACAAAAGCAAUUUCAAUCGAUAAAACUCAAGACAUCUUCUCAAAGAGUAUCAACCGAUAACAAGUAGAGUUAAUUAGAGGUAAAGCAUUAAAUCACCUCCUGAAUCAACAAAGGCCAGCAAACCUAUCAGUCUGAGUAAUAACAGUACAAAUUUAUCAUCUAUCAUAGAUGAAUUAAAAUAAUUCGACUCCUAAAAACGAGCAAUUCAAAAGUCCUAUUAAUACUAAUUGAAGGCCCUGUUAGGCAGUGAGUAAGAAAAACAUGCACUCCUCGAUUAAACCAAAAGUAUUAAGGGAAAUAUAUAUAUUUUAGGAAUAAACACACAAAUAAAUUCCAACACUUUACCUCAGUCUCCCAAACAAAACAUCAAAACUAGUCCAGAUGUUAAAUAUAGUAAAGUAGAAAACUCAAAAAGCAAAGCUUCUUUCUAAAAUACAAAUUUGAGUGUUUCAGAUAAAAUACUUUAAUUAGAGAAAAAUAAAUAGAAAAUAAUCUCCUUGUAACUCAAACUGGCAAAGAAUAUUAAACCAAGACCCCAAAAAUCAUCAUUCCCUGUAAUCUCCUUUGUGGAAAAAUCAGAAUCCCACAAUUUCUAAUAGAACACAAAACCACAGUUACCCUAAUCAGCCUUGGUUGUCCUGUAGAGUUAUUCUGAUCUUUUGAAUGACUUCGAAAAGAAAGAGAUCAUCGAUUACGAAACCAUUUAUUAUUUGGCUCCAAGACAGAUGAGUUAGAGUCAAAAAGACACUGUGAAUACUUAAUACAACAAUGGAUUUGAUACACAAGAGUAUAUUCUAUUUAAUUAAUAUGUCUAGUGGAGAUUACAUAUUCACGAAAUAAGAUUAAAUAGCAUACCGAUAUGAGAUGUUGGAGAAACUGGGACAUGGAAGUUUUGGGUAUGUGUUUAAAGUUGCGGAUCAUAAACAUAAUCAACAAGUUGCUCUGAAGAUUAUUAAGAACAAAGAAAAAUUCUAUAAGUAGGCUCUAAUCGAAAUAGAAAUCCUCAGGAUAGUAAACAAAGCAGAUGUCUCUUGUUGUCUGAUCAAGAUGUUGAACUAUUUCGAAUUUCGCGGUCAUAUUGUAAGUCCGAUGUAUUAAUUUAGGAAGUGCAUGGUCUUCGAGCUUUUAAGUUGUAAUCUCUAUGAAUUCAUUGCCAUAAAUGAUUUCAUUGGCUUCGAUCUCGAUUUAAUCAGAAGAUUUGCAAUAUAAAUCCUUCAAGGUCUUCUUUACUUAAAGGAAUGCAACAUCAUCCAUUGUGAUCUGAAGCCAGAAAACAUACUCCUGAAAGAUAUCAACAGAUCUGGCAUACGAAUUAUAGACUUCGGAUCCAGUUGUUUCACCAAUCAAAAGAUAUACUCCUACAUUCAAGUAAAUUCUUAAAUCAAUAGUUUAUUAGAGUAGAUUUUACAGAGCUCCUGAGAUAGUUCUAGGCCUGGAGUAUUCUACCUAAAUAGAUAUGUGGAGUUUCGGAUGCAUAAUUGCAGAACUCUUUACUGGCGAAUCCUUAUUUUAAUCCAAAUCAGAAAAGGAAUUGUUAUUCCUAUAAAUCAAAGUUAUAGGCAUGCCUCCAAAAGAUUUGAUUGAAUAAGGAUCUAGAAAAUCUAAAUUUUUUGAUGAUAAAUGUUAACUCAACUAUAAAAUAAAGGAUGGAGAUUUAUUAUAGUAAAUUAAAACACUUAAUUAACACUUACAAAAAGCAGAUCCCCAAUAUCAAGAUGUAAUUAUGAUCCAUAUAAAUAAGUUUGUCACUAAAUGUCUGAGAUGGAAUCCAAAUUAGAGAAUGACACCUGAAGAAGCUUUGAUCCAUCCAUGGAUAAUAAAUGGACUACCUGGGACAGUCAGAAAAUAGCAUAUUUAAUAAAUGAAAAAUUUUAUGGUUAUACCUGAGGACUUAGAUUUUAAAUAAGGUCAAGGUGAAUAGUAAAGUGAAUUUUAAUGA